AUGUCCCGCCGCAAGGCCGGCCGCGUGCCUCGCCGCGUAGACCCGGAGCCCAACGACGACAUGGAGAUGCCUGAUCUCAUCAUUGAUGUGAAACCGGACCGCGACCUGGGGUCCUUGGCACAAGGGCCCUGGUCCGCGAGGGACGUGCCCAUGCCGGGGCUCUUCGAUGUGGAGCGUCGCCUCCAAACCGCCUCGCGCCCACUUGGCGCGCCCAGCACGUGUGCCCCGUGGAUGCCUCUGAGUUCUAUGUCUUCCGACCGCCAGCCCUGGACCGACAAGCACCCAGAUCUGUUGACCUGCGGCCGCUGCGGGAAGAUCUUCCCAUUAGGGUCCAUCACCGCUUUUAUGGAUCACAAAAAGCAAGGCUGUCAGCUCCGUCAAAUCUCCGACCCCAUCUCAGAAUCCAAAGAGCUGAAGGCUCUGAGCUGCCUCCAAUGUGGCAGACAGUACACCAGUGCUUGGAAGUUGCUGUGCCACGCCCAGUGGGACCAUGGGCUAUGCAUCUACCAGACACAACAAUUGGAGACCCCAGAGGCUCCGUUGCUGGGCCUGGCUGAGGUGGCUGCAGCCAUGUCAGCAGUGGCAGUGGUGGGGCCAGUUGAGGACAAGCCCCCUUCAGUGAGUAGCGCUGCCCGGCGGAGCCCUACCUGCUUCGUGUGUAAGAAGACCCUCAGCUCUUUCAGCAACCUCAAGGUCCACAUGCGUUCCCACACUGGUGAGCGACCCUACUCCUGUGACCAGUGUUCCUAUUCCUGCGCUCAGAGCAGCAAGCUGAACAGACACAAGAAGACCCAUCGGCAGCCAACGCCUGGGAGCCCCUCCACUUCUGCCAGUAGCCGCGAAGUCUCCCCAGCAGCCCCUCCUGAACCAGCUGCCUAUGCAGCUGCUCCAGCCAGCACUCCCCCAUGCCAGAAUGUGGAGAAGGCUGGAGCUGCCGCCACAGCCGGAAUUCAGGAACCUGGGGCCCCUGGCAGUGGGGCUCAAGAGAGUCCAGGUUUUGGUGGCUGUGGAGCCACUGCCAAAGUAGAGAGGACGGACUCUGUAAAGAUGGAGAAGACAACACCCAGGAAGAGUCACCGGGCUGGGGGCAAGUGUGAGUUCUGCGGGAAGUCCUUCACCAACAGCAGCAACCUCACGGUGCAUCGGCGAUCGCACACUGGCGAGCGGCCCUAUACCUGUGACCAGUGUUCCUAUGCCUGUGCCCAGAGCAGCAAGCUCAACCGCCACCGCCGCACACACGGGCUGGGAACUGGCAAGACUGUGUACAAGUGCCCGCACUGCCUCGUACCCUUUGUCCUGCAGGCCACGCUGGACAAGCACCUGAGGCAGAAGCACCCGGAGAUGGCCUGAGAUGUUCUGUACAGACAGGUGUUCCUCAGCAAGAGGACACGGCCAGCACUUAGCCAUUCUUUUGUGUAAAUAAACCAUCUCCUAUUUA